AUGCCAGACUUCGACAUUCGCGACGCCCCCGCAAGUCGUCUGGCCCAGGACGGCUUCUUGAGAAGCGCAUGGCCGCUGUACGACGCUAGAAACGAAACCACUCACUACAGGGAUCUCUCAGGUGUCUACUGUUUGAUAGUCAUGACGCGCCUGAUCAACCAUAGUCUGUCGGCCGAAGAUCGACGAGGGCCGUUGAGAGAAACCGAAGAGUCCACCACCAAGUUCAUGUCCCUGGCUUGGCAUAGUGCUGGCGCACCCGAGCUGAUUGAAGAGUUCAUUAAAGAAGUCACGAGUCUAGAGUUUGCUCAUCUGGUCGAUAUGGAAACCACGAACGCGACACUAUGGUCGCGACCAGAGCACCGGCUUUUCGACUACGUGACGUCCGACACCCAAGGCCACGUGAAGGUUGACAACGAAAAGGGAAAUGUUGUGGAGGCGAGCUACACCCAGGUCAAGGGACGUCCUCAGAAGAUUGACGAGGCGAUACGAAACAAGGCUGACAAGAUUGAGCGACAGCCAGACGGCACCCUUGGCGCUUUCUUCCCGCAGCCGCCCAAGUACGUCCGCGUUCUAUAUGAGCCCUUGGAUGGAGAUGAAGACGAGACACAUCCACUCAAGUCUAUUCAAGUGGUCAAUGUGAGAGAUUUGCGUCCCGAAGAGGACCCCGUCGAUGACGGCGUCGAUCGGACGCUCCACCGAUACGUUCUCGUCAUGGCCGUCCGACUGAGGGCAAAGCAGACCGACUACGACUGCAUUCGAACUUUCUCUCUCGACGGGACUCCCAUUGAGCCUCAGGUCACAGCACCGUACGCCGACACGAAAUGGCAAGACCCAGAGGAUCCCAAGAACAGAGUGUUCCCCAGAAUGGCGAAUGGUGAGCAAAUUUGGGGACAGAUGAGGUCGAGGCUGGAACAGUUGAAGAGUGGAGGCCCCUGGGUGCCGCUUACCGGCGUCCUUACCAGUGUAGGAAGUCAGAGAGCUAGAGAGGAGCGCCACCCAGUCGUCGACGCGCAAACGAGUCAGGAAGUCAUUGCUGGGGCGGGUAGCGGACAUAUUGAUACUGGUGGCCACGCCGGCGGCGGUAGGCACACGGAUGCGCCGUCUAGGGCCGCCGAAGGCGAUGGGCCUACAGAUGCGUCGUCUAGCAUUGCGGAUGAUUACUGA